UCUGGGUAUGUUCAGCGUUACCAACUACCACAAUUAAGAGCUGCAGGGUGCCGCCGCACCGAGCUGAGAGAGCUGGGCCGGCCGGCAAUGGCGACGCCCGGCGGCGCCGGUGACUCGUGGGAGUACAGCCUGCGCAAGUACCUCCUGCUGCUGGCCUCGCUGGUGGCCACCGUGACGUACGGCGCGGCAUUCAACCCGCCCGGCGGCGUCUGGCAAGACGACGACCCCGCCAAGGGCCGCAUCGCCGGCGACCCCAUCAUCCAGCAGACUAACCACCCACGCUACCUGGUCUUCUUCUACGGCAACGCCACCGCCUUUGCAUCCUCCCUCGUGGUCAUCGUCCUCAUCCUCAUCCUGUCCAUCCUGCACGACCGGGGCGGGAUCAGCCUGGCGCCGGUGCUCGCCAUACUCCGGCUCGUCAUGGUCCUAGACCUGCUAAGCCUCAUGGUCGCCUACGCCGCCGGCACGUUCCGCGACGUGUUCACCGCCGUCUACUCCCUGCUCCUGCUCGCCGGCGUCGUCGCCUACCUCCUCCUGCACCUCGCGCCGGGCAAGGGGGAGGAUGAGUCGCCGGAGCAUGCCGGCGAAUCGGAGGCGGAGAGGGCGGACAAGAGCGCGCUGCUGCGUCUCCGCAAGGUGCUGAUGCUGUUGGCCACGUUCGCGGUGAGCGUCACAUACGUCGCCGGCCUCAGCGCGCCGGGAGGAUUCUGGGACAACGACGACGGCGGCCAACGCCCAGGCCGGGCCAUUCUCAAGGGCGGACGCCACGACGCGCGCCUCAAGGCCUUCUUCGUCUUCAACACCACCGCCUUCGUCGCGUCCCUGCUCAUCAUCAUCAUUCUCCUGGACAAGAAGCUUACCUUCAGCAAGAAUUUGCGGUCGGUCGAGCUCUACGUCUUCAUCGCCGUCACGCUCAUCGGCCUCGUCGGGGCGUACUCCGCCGGCAGCUGCCGGCAGAUUGACACUACCAUCUAUGUCAACUCUCUGGUUGGUGCCGUCAUUGGUUUCAUUCUCGUUCAAGCGGCCAUUGUUAAGUUUUGCAAAGAUGCCAUAACAAACAGCUGCUUGUGGAAACAACUAAAACGCAUCCGUGAUAAAGUGUCAGGAUGUCUGUGUGGCACAGAACAAUCUUGUUUGGAGCAGAACACUCAACGACAGCCAAACACUGGCAAUUCGAAUGGCAGUGCCAAGCAGCAAGAACAUCAAGUGCUGGAGAAGGCUCGCUCUCUUGUUCUGCUGCUCUCCACUCUCGCAGCGGCCAUCACCUACCAAGCAGGCCUCAACCCACCGGGCGGCCUCUGGCAGGAUGACGAUGCUGGCGGCGGCUACAAGAACGGAGAUCCGAUCCUCUUGACCGUGAAUCCGAGGCGGUACAAGGCGUUCUACUACUGCAACUCCAUCGCGUUCGUGGCGUCCCUGGUUGCCAUCAUCCUUGCGAGGACUAACGCCCUGCACCACCACAACGCGCUGGAGGCCGCCAUGAUACUGGACCUGUUCGGCCUCAUCGGCGCGUACGCCGCCGGGAGCUGCCGGGACGUGAGCACGUCCAUCUACGCCAUGGCCCUGGCAGGAGCCGUCCUGGUCUACGUUGUGAUCCAUGUCGUCUUCUUGACGCUGGGCAACAAGGACGGCAGCACGAAAGGGAACGAUGAAGCUUCACUAGAGAAGGAGAAAACGGCCGAGGAGCUGAUGGAGAAGAGGCGCAAACGGUUGCUCCUCUUCGCGAUCUUGGCGGCAACCAUCACUUACCAAGCCGGGCUGACGCCGCCGGGCGGCUUCCUUGACAACGACGAUCAGGUAAGAAAGCGCCUUGCUGGGGACCCUGUCCUGCUCAACAACGACCCGCGCCGGUACACGGCCUUCUUCUACUGCAACUCGGUGAGCUUCAUGCUGUCAAUCGCCCUCAUCAUCCUCCUGGUGAACCCCAACCUGUACCGGCCGGCCAUCCGGAGCAACGCGCUGUCGGUUUGCACGGCGGCAGGCUUGAUUGGCAUCAUGGGUGGCUAUGCCGCCGGCUGCACACAGCAUCUCAAGACAUCCAUCUAUAUAUUCGUGCUGGCGGCGGUGGUCCUGGGCUCUGUUGUCUUGCUGGUUGCAGUGUUCUUUGUUAAGAAUCUCAUAAAACAAGGGGAGGACAAACCUAGCAACAGCAGCCACAUAGCUUCAUUGCCGUCAGCUGAGGAAGGCGGUGGUGCCAAUAAUGCCACGAGAGCAGAGCAGGCCCCUUCACAAGUACGCGGCAACAGCAGCAAUACAGCUGCACAAGUUCGCCGGGAAAAGAAGUUGCAUGCCAAGCGCAAGUACCUGAUGCUGCUGGGGAUCCUUGCGGCGAGCGUCACCUACCAGGCCGGCCUGGCGCCGCCCGGUGGGUUCUGGCAGUCCAACGGCAGCGGGCACGCCGCCGGCGACCCGGUGAUGCACGACAACAGGAGGUCGCGGUACCUGGCCUUCUUCUACAGCAACUCCACCUCCUUUGUGGCGUCCGUCGUCGUCAUCGUGCUUCUGCUUCCCCCGUCACUGCAAAACAAGCCAUUGUGGCUCUGGGUGAUGAACGCCACUAUCGUUCUGGACCUGCUCGGCCUCCUGAUCGCCUACGCUGCAGGGUCCAGCAGGACCCUGAAGACCUCCAUGAUUGUCUCCACGCUCGUCUUCGGCGUGCUGGUCUAUUUUGCAAUCCAUGUGUUGCUGUCGCACUUUAGCAGGAGACGUAAGACAGCUCCGGCGGCCUCUGCCUCUGGCGCUGAACCAAACGAAGAGGCAAACGGUGGGCUUCAGGCACAAAUGGGUCCAGGCCACGAGCGUUCUUAAGCUAUUUGAAUGUGUAGUAUGGGAGAUGGGAGUCUGUGCAGUUUCUUUUUUGGCCCCUUUCAGAUUUGAAGUAGACAUGAUGUAAGUUGUCGCUGGGAAUCGUCAUGCUCUUAGCUUCGAGAACAUUGAGGAGAAAAAAACAGAAAGAAAAAGGCAAUCUCUUUUCUUGCUGCAAUCUAAGGAUGAGUUAGCAUCGGCAGAACAAUUCUGCCUGAUUCGAAUACAAAAUCUUUGUCAACCGCCACUGAAAACACUGCCUUCCAAAGUUCCGAGAUAGCAUUCAGUUUCCAGAGGAAAGAAUAAAACGUCUAACUAUUCUGAACC